CUUCGAGGUCAUUUCUCAAGGUCUCUUUACUCUUUCUCGGCUGCCCUCGUGUGCCCAAUUUACUGGUGAAGACACUGUCAGCAUCGCCUGGCUUUUCCCCCGCCAGUGCUGCCUUUGGUUGAGCCCGAGUGGGCGUCUGCGGCCAUGUCGUCCACCACAACGCAGACCAGGACGAAAUGGUCCGUAGAGUACGACACUGUCAAGAGACACAAGCUGUUUCGCAACACACCGAAAGACCGAAGCGCGUUUCCUGCCCUCCAAGCCGCCGUCAAACCGCACAUCGAGUCGUUCAAUGCGCUGUGGGGCGAGAAAUUGAUCGACGAAGGUUUGAAAGAUAUUGGCAUACAGUCCGUUGUUGAUGGCGAUAUUCGAAACCCUAGUCGGACGGUCGCACGCAAUAAGCUGGACCUCAGAGUGACAGAGGUUAUGUUGGAAAAGGCUGUCCUGCCGCCGUCGAACAAAUUCAGUAUCCAAGAUCGAAACAUCUACCCUUCCGAGUGUCGAGAACGCCAUGCUACGUACCGAGGAAAGCUAAGAGCUCGGUUACAAUACAGAAUAAACAAUGGAGAUUGGAAAGAAUCAAUACGGGAUGUCGGUCAGAUGCCUAUCAUGCUGCGGUCGAACAGGUGCCAUCUGGAAAAGUUCUCACCCGCAGAAAUGGUUCGCCACAAAGAGGAGUCGGAAGAAAUGGGAGGCUAUUUUAUUGUCAAUGGAAACGAAAAGCUCAUCAGGAUGAUAAUAGCAUCGAGGAGGAACUAUCCUAUGGCAAUUGAACGGAAUGCAUUCACCGGAAGAGGGCCGACUUUCUCAAAACUUGGUGUGCAGAUCCGGUCGGUCCGGCCAGAUCAGACGUCCCAGACGAAUGUCCUUCACUAUCUUACGGACGGGAAUGUCACGUUCAGGUUUUCCUGGAGGAAAAACGAGUUCCUUGUACCUGUGGUCAUGAUUCUCAAGGCUCUGGUCGAGACCAAUGAUCGAGAAAUCGGCGAGGGCAUCAUUGGAGCGUGGUCAAACAAAUCGCCCAAUUCCUUCGUGACCGAUCGUACCGAACUUCUUCUGCGGACAUACAAAGCAUACAACUUGAAGACAAGAGCACAAACACUAGCCUACUUAGGCGAGAAGUUCCGACCUGUACUCGGCAAUCCCAUCACAAUGUCGGAUGAGAAGGUUGGAGAAGACUUCCUACGGAAGGUUGUCUUACCACAUCUCGGCAACCUGGACGUGACGCCCGCCCAGAACAACGACAAGUUCCAGUUGAUGCUGUUCAUGAUCCGGAAACUGUACGCCCUGGCGGCAGGAGACUGUGCCCUGGAUAAUCCCGACACAGUGUCAAACCAUGAAGUUCUGCUGGGAGGAUUCCUCUAUGGUAUGAUCCUCAAAGAGGGCAUACAUGACUGGCUGGUAUCAAUCGGACAGACCGCGAGAGAGUGGUUGAGGAACAAGAACGACGCCAAAUUCACAGAUCCCAGUUUCGAAACAGACUUUUUACCGAAAAUCGUGCGAAGAACGAAUGAGAACAUAGGAGGCAAGCUGGAGUACUUUUUAUCUACAGGCAAUCUCGUCAGUCAGACUGGUCUAGAUCAGUCGCAGACGUCUGGCUUCACGAUCGUUGCUGAAAAGAUCAACUUCUACCGAUUCAUUAGCCAUUUCAGAUGUAUACAUCGAGGUACCUUCUUCGCACAGCUGAAGACAACAACAGUCCGGAAGCUCUUACCUGAAAGUUGGGGUUUCUUAUGUCCCGUCCACACUCCGGAUGGUUCUCCUUGCGGACUGCUCAACCAUUUGUCUCAUCAGUGCAUGAUACAGAUCAAGCGGAUUGAUACUUCCGGCAUCGAGAAGGCGGUCAUUCAGCUCGGACUAGCCCCAGUACCAGCUAUGGAUGUUCAAGACAGCCUGUCAGUUCAGCUCGAUGGACGGAUACUAGGAUAUUGUUCAGCCAAGAGAGCAAGAGAGAUUGCGCAGCUCCUGCGGCACUGGAAGGUCAACGGCGAACACAAAAUCCCCAAUGAACUGGAGAUCGGGCACGUGCCAACCUCAAAUGGCGGUUUGUAUCCUGGACUCUACCUCUUCACCGAUCCCUCCCGCAUGCUACGUCCGGUAAAAUACAUUCCUUCGGAUAAACUCGACUACGUUGGACCUUUCGAGCAGCAAUACAUGAACAUUGCAUGUGUCGAUGCCGAUAUUAUACCCAACCUGACCACGCACAUCGAGUACAAGCCCACGAACAUCCUUUCCAUCCUCGCCAACAUGACUCCCUUUUCCGACUUCAACCAAUCCCCUCGAAACAUGUACCAAUGCCAAAUGAGCAAGCAAGCCAUGGGCACGCCAUCGUCGAACCUGAUGUGCCGAACAGAUAACAAAGCCUAUCUCCUGCAGACAGGCCAAACGCCGGUUGUAAGACCACCACUGUACAACGAGUACGGCCUGGACAAUUUCCCGAAUGGCAUGAACGCUGUUGUCGCCGUCAUCUCAUACACGGGCUACGACAUGGACGACGCCAUGAUAAUCAACAAAUCCUCGCACGAGCGCGGAUUCGGCGACGGCGUCAUUUUCAAGACCAAAGUGUACAACCUCGAUGAAAAGUCCCGCGGUCCUCGAUCCAAGACGGAAAUCAAAUCGUUGUUCGGUUUUGCUGAAGGAGACCCCAACAUUUCAACCGACGCCGUUCGCGCGCUCGAUCCCGACGGACUGCCCGCCAUCGGCACGAAAGUCGGCGAAGGCGAUAUCGUGCUCGCGUACCACAGUGUCAUGUUCGACCCGUCGGAAGGUAAAUUGAAGAAUCUGGACGGCCGGACGAGUUACUUCAAGUACAAGGACGCUGAGGAGGCAUAUAUCGACCAGAUUCGUCUGAUCGGGUCCGAGAGUGGUGACCAGCCCUGUCAGGCGAUCAGCAUCAAAUAUCGAAUUCCCCGACGGCCUAUCAUCGGUGACAAGUUCUCCUCGCGGCACGGGCAAAAGGGUGUUUGUUCGAUGCUCUGGCCAAGCGAGGACAUGCCGUUCAGCGAAUCCGGGAUCCAGCCUGACGUUAUCAUCAAUCCGCAUGCAUUCCCCUCGCGAAUGACGAUCGGCAUGUUCGUCGAGUCGUUGGCGGGCAAAUCUGGCGCACUGCACGGUCUGGCACAGGACUGCACGCCGUUCUCGUUCGACGAGGAUAACACGGCGGGCAAUUUCUUCGGCGACCAGCUCCGGCAGGCGGGGUACAAUUUCUACGGCAACGAGCCAAUGUACAGCGGCAUAACGGGCAAGGAGUUCGCGGCGGACAUUUACAUUGGUGUCGUGUAUUACCAGAGACUGAGACACAUGGUUAGCGACAAGUUCCAGGUUCGUACCACAGGCCCGGUCAACGCGCUGCAUGGCCAGCCCAUCAAGGGAAGGAGCAAAGGUGGUGGUAUUCGAGUCGGAGAGAUGGAGAGAGAUUCGCUGAUUGCGCACGGCUGCGCUUAUUUGCUGCAGGAUCGGUUGAUGGACUGCAGUGACAAGAGCCGCGCGUGGGUGUGUCGGUCUUGUGGAAGUUUCUUGAGCACCAUGAUGGUGCCCAACCAGUUCACCGUCGGGAAGAGAGGAGGCCGCGUCGAACCGAGCGGUGUCGUGAGGUGUCGCGCUUGUGCUCGGCCCGCGACGUUUGACGACAGCAAGAUGCUCGUCUGGGAGGACGGAGCCGGAAGGAAAUAUGUCGGCGGCGAUAACACUACAGUCGUCAAUGUCCCGGGCGUUUUAAGACUGUUGGAUGUGGAUUUGGCUGCUAUGGGUGUCCGAAUGAGGUUUGAGAUUGAGAACUAGGCUUAACUACUACCUGUAGCGUUGUCAUGGAAGUGAGCCCACGUGCGAC